AUGCUCUCAACCUUUCGCAUUUUAAGAAGACUGUCAACAGUAGAUCCCUCAGAAAAACUCAUUUUUGCUUCAUAUAAGUGGUGAAGCUCAAACGAUGCUUUGCAUCCGUACACUGAUGUCAGAAUCAAUUUUAUCAAAAAUUGCUUACCAUCCCUCUUUGCGAGCGAUCAAAAAGAUUUGAAAAAUACCUAUUUAGUGAAAAUAAUUCUUUUGUGAGCAAGAUAACUUUUCGUUUAAAUUUCUAAUUUUACUUAUUUUAAAUACCGAAAAAUAUUUUUAUUUAAUAUUUUAUAUAAACUUUAUACAAUCUUUGUUAGCGAGCUAAAAAAUUUGGUCAAGUAGGAAGCUAGGGCUUUCAGGGCCAAAACCUUUCGCAAACAUGAAAAUUCUUGAUGUCGGCUGUGGUGGUGGAUUAAUUACAGAAAGACUUGCAAGAUUAGGCGGAACUGUAGUUCGAUUAGACUAAAUUAGGCUAGAUAAGUGAUGUUUUCAAAGUCCUAGCGUUCGGAUUAUGCCCGCAACACAACUAUCUAACCAGUAGCAAUGCACUGUGACCAAAUGAAAGAUUUUUAGAGCCGCUUGAUACUUCCGAUUGCUUAGUAGUGAUAGAAAAAUAUGAUCCAUGGAAGUGCUAGCUUGGCCGACCAAGAGCUACGUUUAAUUCCCACCGCGAUGGACCGGCAUCAAGUUGUGUGGAACAAAGAUUGGGAAUGUAGGCUGUAUGACUCAAAAUCGUCAGAGAGGUGUAUUGUUGAGGGAGCAAGUCUGCAGCUCAUCUGACUCUAAUGGAGAAAACGCAAGCUAAUUGGGCGUAAUCGUAUUGAAGAUGCAUUCUGACGAAGACAACAUGUUUAAGAUAUGAAGAUAUAAAGAUAAUCUGCUUUAUCAUCACUAAGGUAGGUAAUAACGGUCUUAAGGCCUAGUGCAGUGAGCUUUGGCUCCGCCAUAAAAUGGUCUUACGAUAUCUAAAUAAAUUCUCUCGUUUGCUCUCGGUAGCGCUGCCAUUUUUGUCUAAGGACGCACAUUUACGGCAACGCCGCUUACAACUUUAAAGCCACUGCUAUCAAACUCUGGGGAGUCGGUCAAAUCCUGGGGAGCCAGCCAAAAAUCUAGCUGGAGAGACUUGCACCCUCGAGAAAUCUUGCCAAGCUUGCACUCCAUUUUCCCUCUUGAUUAACUCCAAAAUAAAACUCAGCAGUUUACUCUAUUCUGGGCAAGGCCACCAAGCAGCCUAGGCUAUUAACUUGCCUACCUAUAUGGGACAUCCAGCCUGAGCCUGGAGCUACUGGCGAAAAAAUGUGAAAAACAACUAUUUGAUUCAGGCAGCAAUUCAGCUGAAAUUGUGCUUACUCCCUCCCUCCGUGAGCGAACAAAACCAUUAGAAAAAUCCCUAUUUUUUGCUUGAAACCUACCCUCUAUGAGCGAACAAAAAUUUUUUAUGGAAAAAAAAUUUGAUAUAUAAGUGAUAAUUAUUAUAACGAAAUCUCCAGCUAAUUCUGCUCCAUUUUAAACAGCUUGCAUUUAAAACAUAAAUUUACAAAUUAGAUAAAUAUUUACUUUCCAAUUAUUGCGAUUUUGGGAUUUUUUUAAUUUUCAAAAAAAAAGUUUACUAUAAAAUUUAGAAAUAAAUUUUUAAAAAAAAAUUAACCCCCCUCCGUGAGGAACAAAAUCUUUCGUUCGCUAACGGAAGGGAGGAUUAGCGUCUCGCUUCAAUGCCAGAUAUGCAUAAAGUCAUCCACAGCAGGAAGGACAGGCUGCUCGUCACCAGCGAUUUUAUAAUAUAUGGAACUGUAGUUGGAAUUGACCCGACUCCAGAAGCUAUUGAUGUUGCUCAGGACCAUUUGCCUACACAUCUAAAGGACAAAGUUCAAUACAGAAACUGCGAAGUUGUUGAUGUCGAGGGCACCUAUGACCUAGUUAUCGCUUCAGAAGUUCUUGAGCACGUAAAUUCUCCUGAUGUGUUUGUAAAGCAAGUAGCAGAUAAAGCAAUUCCUGGUGGAUCUGUGAUCCUCACAACUGUUAAUAGAACUAUUGAAUCAUACCUUUUGGCUAUUUAUGCAGCUGAAAAUGUAUUAGGGAUUGUAGAGCCUGGAACCCAUAGCUGGGAUAAAUUCAUCACUAUUGAAGAAUUCAAGGAACUUUGCAGAAACGCUAAUCUAGAUCCUCAAGAACUCAAAGGCUGGUUUCUUGAUUAUUUGAGAUUCAAAGCUUUCGAAGUUGACUAUGAAAGAUUAGGAUAUAUGUGUCGUUGCAUUAAAUUAAGCUAA